GGUCUUAAAGCCAGGAAAGAACAGAGUGACUGUUUCAGCUUCAGGACGGACUCCACAAAGUUCCUGCUCCUCCCUGAGGGCUGGCUGCCUUUCCUUAGAUGUGGGGAGCCGAGUGUUGGGCUGUGCUCUGCAUCUUUAUCCUUGAUCUUUGUUCCAGGUCUGUGGCCACUGCGCUCUGACCCUAACCGGGAGACUGAUGACACUCUGGUGCUCUCUUUUGUGGGCCAAACAAGAGUUCUCAUGUUAAACGGAGAAGAGGUGGAAGAAACCGAACUGAUGGGUUUCGUGGAUGAUCAGCAGACUUUCUUCUGUGGCAACGUGGCUCAUCAGCAACUCAUCCAGAUCACUUCAGCAUCUGUGAGGUUGGUCUCUCAGGAACCUAAAGCUCUGGUCGGUGAGUGGAAGGAGCCUCAGGGCAAGAACAUCAGUGUGGCCUCCUGCAACUGCAGCCAGGUGGUGGUAGCGGUGGGAAGGGCCCUCUACUACCUGCAGAUCCGUCCUCAGGAGCUCCGGCAGAUCAGCCACACAGAGAUGGAACAUGAAGUGGCCUGCUUGGACAUCACCCCACUGGGGGACAGCAAUGGGCUGUCCCCUCUUUGUGCCAUUGGCCUCUGGACAGACAUCUCGGCGCGUAUCUUGAAGCUGCCUUCUUUUGAGCUACUGCACAAAGAGAUGCUGGGUGGAGAGAUCAUCCCUCGUUCCAUCCUGAUGACCACUUUUGAGAGUAGCCACUACCUCCUUUGUGCCUUGGGAGAUGGGGCGCUUUUCUACUUUGGGCUCAACAUUGAGACAGGCCUGUUGAGCGACCGUAAGAAGGUGACUCUGGGCACCCAGCCCACGGUAUUGAGGACUUUCCGUUCUCUUUCUACCACCAACGUCUUUGCUUGCUCUGACCGCCCCACUGUCAUCUACAGCAGCAACCACAAAUUGGUCUUCUCCAAUGUCAACCUCAAGGAAGUCAACUACAUGUGUCCCCUCAACUCUGAUGGCUAUCCUGACAGCCUGGCACUGGCCAACAACAGCACCCUCACCAUCGGCACCAUCGACGAGAUCCAGAAGCUGCACAUCCGCACGGUUCCCCUCUACGAGUCUCCCAGGAAGAUCUGCUAUCAGGAAGUGUCCCAGUGCUUCGGGGUCCUCUCCAGCCGGAUCGAAGUCCAGGACACGAGUGGCGGCACAACGGCCCUGAGGCCCAGUGCCAGCACCCAGGCCCUGUCCAGCAGUGUCAGCUCUAGCAAGUUGUUCUCCAGCAGCACAGCACCGCACGAGACCUCCUUUGGAGAAGAGGUGGAGGUGCACAAUCUCCUCAUCAUCGACCAGCACACCUUCGAAGUGCUUCAUGCCCACCAGUUCCUGCAGAAUGAAUAUGCCCUCAGCCUGGUCUCCUGCAAGCUGGGCAAAGACCCCAACACGUACUUCAUCGUGGGCACAGCCAUGGUGUAUCCUGAAGAGGCGGAGCCCAAGCAGGGUCGAAUCGUGGUCUUUCAGUAUUCUGACGGAAAACUACAGACUGUGGCCGAGAAGGAAGUGAAAGGAGCCGUGUACUCCAUGGUGGAGUUCAACGGCAAGCUCUUAGCCAGCAUCAACAGCACGGUGCGGCUUUAUGAGUGGACAACAGAAAAGGAGCUUCGCACCGAGUGCAAUCACUACAACAACAUCAUGGCCCUCUACCUGAAGACCAAGGGCGACUUCAUCCUGGUGGGCGACCUGAUGCGCUCAGUGCUGCUGCUUGCCUACAAGCCCAUGGAGGGGAACUUUGAAGAGAUUGCUCGAGACUUUAAUCCUAACUGGAUGAGUGCUGUGGAAAUCUUGGAUGAUGACAAUUUCCUGGGGGCUGAAAAUGCCUUUAACUUGUUUGUGUGUCAGAAGGAUAGCGCUGCCACCACCGACGAGGAGCGGCAACACCUCCAGGAGGUCGGUCUCUUCCACCUGGGCGAGUUCGUCAACGUCUUUUGCCACGGCUCCCUGGUCAUGCAGAAUCUGGGCGAGACGUCCACCCCCACACAGGGCUCGGUGCUCUUCGGCACAGUCAACGGCAUGAUCGGGCUGGUGACCUCACUGUCAGAGAGCUGGUACAACCUCCUGCUGGACAUGCAGAAUCGACUCAAUAAAGUCAUCAAGAGUGUGGGCAAGAUCGAGCACUCCUUAUAUCCUUCCCAAGAGGCAUGUCCCAGCACAGGUAGACCGCCGCGUUACCCUAAGCUGCCUCUGGAAACUGCGGUCCGUUCAGGAAAUGUCUUGACUAGCUUCCUGUGGGGAACAGGCUUCUGUCCUGUUUUUUAAAUAUACUUUUGCUCAUGGAAAAAUUCAGACACGCUGGUAGAGAGAAUCGUAUAGUGAAUCCCCGUGUACCGCCA